AUGGCUAGGAAGUCUGGAGCCUGGAACUGUGGUCUCAAAAAUGAACUUGCGGUUCACAAAAAGAUUGAAGAGGUUGACAAUUGGCUAAAGGCCCAUACAUCAGAGAGAUGCCAUCACCAAGAUGGCUCCAUCUUACUGUUAACGGGUGCUGCGGGCACUGGCAAGACUGCCACAAUACAGGUUCUUGUAAAGGAGCUGGGAAUUCAGCUGCACGAAUGGAUAAACCCUUUAUCACAGAAUAAGUUUAAAAUCCGUGAUGAAUUUGAAGACUACUAUAAUACGGACUCCAGUUUCCAAGCAUACAUGAGCAAGCCACAGUCUGUACUAUUUCAAGAAUUUUUGCUGCGAGCCAACAAAUAUAAAAAACUCCAGAUGGUGGGAGAUACUUGGAGACGGACAAGAAAACUGGUUCUUGUGGAAGAUAUCCCUAAUCAGUUUUAUAGAGAGCCCUCUUGUUUGCAUGAUAUCUUACGGAAAUUUGUUCAAACAGCCCGAUGUCCAUUGGUGUUCAUAAUUUCUGACAGCAUUAGUGGAGACAGCAAUCAACGGUUACUCUUCCCUAAUGACGUCCAAAAGGAACUGGGUAUCUUCAAUAUUAGUUUUAAUCCUGUGGCUCCCACGAGCAUGUUGAAAGUUCUGAGUAGAAUAUCCGCUCAAGAGGCUAGCAAGAAUGCUGGCAAGUCUAUUGUUGCUGACAAAAAGUGUACUGGAGAUGCUCUGUACGGCAGCGCUGGAGAUAUCAGAAGUGCAAUAAACAGUCUUCAAUUUACUUUGGCUGCCCAUUGGAACCAGAUUCAGUUGCCGAACAGUAAAGGAAAAUCUUCAGUAAGAACAGGCACAUCUUCAAAGGGAAAAUAUGAAGGAAAAUCUUCAAAGGCACGUGGAAAGGAAAGUGGCCUACCUGCCAUUGAGGCAAGGACCAAAUCUCUCUUCCUUUUUCGAGCUCUGGGAAAAAUUAUGUAUUGUAAACGAGAGCCAUCCAAUGACUUGCAUUUGAAUCCAUUACCAACCCAUUUAUCUGAUCAUGAGAGGGAUCCACUUCUGGUCAAUCCCGAGGAGGUGAUUGAAAAUUCACACAUGUCGGAGGAGUUGUUCAAUCUUUACCUUCACCAAAAUUAUGUUGAUUUCUUUAGUGACAUAGACGACAUUGUGCGUGCUAGUAACUAUCUAAGUGAUGCAGACUUCUUGACAGUAGAUUGGAAUCAUCGUUCGACGAUGUGGAAAUAUAGUGCGUCUGUGGCUACCAGAGGGCUGAUCCAUGCUAACAAAGCUCGAGCUCGGGCUGAUUGUAAAGGAGGAGCUGGUUUCAAACCUUUACACAAACCUCAGUGGCUGUCAAUAAGCAAAAAGAAGAAUAUAAAGAAAAAUUGUCUUGCAGCCAAAGGUUUUUUUUCAAACUUUUGUUUAGCCCCAAUUUGCCUUCAGACUGAGUUAUUACCAUACCUUGCUCUGCUGACAAACCCGAUGAGAAAUCAAGCACAAAUUAAUUUUAUCCAAGAUGUGGGAAGGUUUCCUUUCAAGCGAUACUCUACAAGGCUAACGUUGGAAACGUUAACUGAUAAGGAUCCUGGUGUUGUGGAGCUCAGUAAUGAGGAGGAAGACUGUUCCCGGCCUCAGCUGUCAAUGACACCUGAUCAGACAGUAGCAGCAGCACAAGAGACUCUGACAUCACCUUUCGCCAGUGUUGCAGGACAGUCUGGAGGAGGGGACUUGCCAAGUAGCCAGCCUCAACCAACCAUAACACAAGCCUUUCUGGGAGAAGAGGAACUAAUCAUUGAGGAAUAUGAUAGUGACUAAUGUAGAAAUACUGGUCUAACUUACGGGUAGAUGAAUAUUUAUUUUUAAUUAUUGAAAUGCUGUUAAAUAAUGGAUCAAAAGCAUUUUUUUUGCAAAUGAAAAUUUUGCUGGAACCAGAGUCACCAUAAGGAGUAUUUGAAUUGCUCUAAGCAUGGAAAUAAUGUUUACACAAACACAUCCAAAACUCUGGAACCAUCAGAAAUCAUUUAAUUUCUCCUUAGCUCACUAACAUCUACUGGAACUUUGCAGUCUCUUAGUGGAUCUAUUGGAACCAUCUCUGUCAGUACCAAAGGAAUCUAUCUGUUGUACAGGAAUUGGUUUUGACCAUGUGCAUUUGCUGAUUACUCACAUUUACGCCAAAUUUUUUUCAUCAUUUCUGUUGAUGUUGUGCAUAUCUUUUGUUUGCUUUUAUUGAGCCUGUUAAUAUUAAAAGUGCCCUGGGUUGAAAACGUAAAUCAUUUUUUUCCAAGAGUUUAGAGAUGAAAUGAAGUUACUGGAACAAAUUAUAAAAUUAUAUUUAUAUUUAUAUUUGACACUGCUUCUGGUGAACAAAAUAAAAGGUCAUAAAGUCCUUG